GCGUCAACGAUGUUGAACCGGUUGAACCUGACGUGACAGUUCACUCUGCAAUUUUCAGCAUCGACUACGCAGCGACCAUCACUCUUAUGGCUCAGAUCACGCCCGGUACCUUCGGCCCGCAGGGUUUCCGCGAGUGCUGGGGCGAUUACCGCGCCGAGGCGGACUUGGAGGACCCGUCACGCCCGCUCUACCGCUUCCAGCGCGAUCUUCCACGUCUGCCCGUGCCGUCGUUGGCUGACACCGUCUCGCUUUACCUAGAGACAUUAAAGCCACUGGCCUCGCCUGCUGAGUUCGCACGCUCCAAAGAGCUGGCCACCGCCUUCUUGCGGCCUGGCGGCAUGGGCGAGGAACUGCAGCGCCGUCUGGUGGCUCGCGCCAAGGACCGCAGCGACUCGAGCUACUUGGUAGAGUGGUGGAACACACUGGGCUACCUGCAAGUGCGCGACCCGGUGGUGUUCAACGUCAGCUACUUCUUCCACUUCGCAGACAGUGUGCACCCAACCCAGCGCUCCAAUAUUGGACGUGCAGCGGCUCUGCUGCGAGGCUCCGUGCUCUUCGCUCGUCAAGUGGCGGACGGCUCGCUCGAGCCAGAACAACUGGGAAAGAAGAAGACACCCGUCUGCUCUACGGCCUACAAGUACAUGUUCAACGCUUGCCGCAUCCCACGACGUGAGCAGGACUCGUACAGGAUCUACGACCCCAAGGCGCAUACCCACGCGGUUGUUAUGCGUCACAACAAGUUCUUCCGAUUAGAGCUGCUGGACCAACGUACUCAGGAACCACUGGGCUUUGAGGCGCUCUGUUUCCAAUUGGCCAGGAUCUUGGAGUCUGCGGGAGCGAAGGAAUCUGCUGUGGGAGCUUUGACGUCCCAGGAUCGCGACUCGUGGGCUGACGCUCGCGAAGAGCUGAUCCGAGCGUCCCCGAAGAAUGAGGAGUCCCUACGUGCUAUUGAGAGCUCAUUGCUGAUGCUCAAUAUGGACGAUGAAGCUCCAGUGUCUCGUACUGAGGUGGCACGUGGACUCUGGCAUGGCAAUGGACGCAACCGCUUCUUCGACAAGUGUGUGCAGCUCGUGGUGUUCGAGAACGGCAAGGCUGGACUACUGGGUGAACACUCGAUGCUCGAUGGCAUGCCUAUGGCUCGCUACACAGACUACCUGGUGUCACGUCUGCACAAUGGCCAGAUCGACCUGGGUCCUCGUGGCCAGACGACGCAGCAGCUAGAGCGCUCGCUUGUCGCCCCCAAGCAGCUCACCUUCCGCUUCACGACGCAGACACUACGCAACAUCGCAGAGGCUGAGAAGGUGUUCGACCAGACUGUGGUCGAUCACGAAGUGUUUGUCCAGGCCUUCUACGGCUACGGUGCACGCUCCAUCAAGGGAUUCCGCUGCAGUCCGGACGCGUUCGUGCAGUUAGCUAUCCAGCUGGCCUACAAGAAGCUGUUCAAGAAGAAUGCUGCGACGUACGAAGCCUCGCAGACACGCCUGUUCCUGCAUGGACGUACCGAGACAACUCGCAGUUGUUCUGUGGCUAGUGCGAAGUUCACAGACGCAAUGGAGGACACAUCUGGCUCCGUCACCACUGAAGAGAAGAAGAAGCUGCUGCUUGCUGCUGCCAACGCGCACGUUGCGUACAUGCGCAAGGCUGGCGCUGGUCGCGGCGUGGACCGCCACAUUCUUGGUCUUAAACUGUUGGUGCAGCCCGGCGAACGUGUGCCGUUCUUCGAGGAUCCGGUGAUGGCCAGAGCGAGUCGCUGGCUCAUUUCCACUAGCCAUCUCACCAAUGAGUUGUUCGAUGGUUGGGGCUGGGGUGAAGUUGUGCCCGAAGGUCUGGGUAUCGCCUACAGUGUCAAGGAUCAGUCCAUCCAGUUCAACAUCGCCUGCCGCCAACACGGUAGUUGGGGUGCUCGUAUGGGUCACCUGCUUGAAGAAAGCCUCGUCGAGAUGCAACAACUUUUCGCUGAGUCCAAGGAAAUUGGCGCCAAGCUGUAGGAAUGCAGUGAAAAGACCCACGAUGGCGAUAUAUAUUUUUUAAACAUUUCAAUAAAAAUGCUUUUUCACUUCUUUUUUUUAGCCACACUGUUAUUAAUCAACGGCGC